AUGGCGCAGAAACGAUCCAAGAUCACUGUCGAGAACCCUGUCGUGGAUCUUGAUGGCGACGAAAUGACAAGGGUGAUAUGGGAUGAGAUUAAGAAGAAGCUCAUCCUGCCAUACCUUGACCUGAAGAUCGAGUACUACGACCUGGGCCUUCCAAACCGCGACGCCACUGAUGACAAGGUCACCGUCGAGGCAGCAGAGGCCAUCAAGAGGGUGGGUGUGGGCAUCAAGUGCGCGACCAUCACGCCUGAUGAGGCGCGCGUGAAGGAGUUCAGCCUGAAGAAAAUGUGGCUCAGCCCCAAUGGGACCAUCCGGAACAUCCUCAACGGCACUGUCUUCCGCGAGCCUAUUGUGGUCAGCAACAUCCCCCGCGUCGUGCCCGGCUGGAAGAAGGCCAUCGUGGUGGGCAGGCACGCCUUUGGAGACCAGUACCGGGCCACGGACUUGGUGAUUCCUGGGCCGGGCAAGAUGGAGCUGGUGUUCACCCCAGAGGGGGGUGGCCCCCCGGAGCGCCACACGGUGCACGACUUCGACGGCGCCGGCGUUGUCAUGGGCAUGUACAAUACCGAGGCCUCCAUCCGCGGAUUUGCCAAGGCCUGCUUCGAAUACGCGCUGGACAGGCAAUGGCCGCUGUACAUGUCGACGAAGAACACGAUCCUGAAGCGCUACGACGGACGCUUCCUGCAGAUUUUCCAGGAGGUCUACGAGACGCAGGGCUAUAAGGAGAAAUACGAAAAGCUGGGCAUCUGGUAUGAGCACCGCCUCAUCGACGACAUGGUGGCCCAGGCGAUCAAGUCAGAGGGCGGCUUUGUGUGGGCGUGCAAGAACUACGACGGGGAUGUGCAGUCGGACAUUGUGGCGCAGGGCUUCGGCUCGCUUGGCCUCAUGACCAGUGUGCUGUUGACCCCUGACGGCAGGGUGCUCGAAUCCGAAGCCGCCCACGGCACGGUGACGCGCCACUGGCGGCAGUACCAGAAGGGCCAGCCGACCUCCACAAACCCAGUGGCAUCCAUCUUUGCGUGGACUCGCGGCCUGCAGCACCGCGCCAAGCUCGAUGACAACCCAGAGCUGGCUGCAUUCGUGCACCAGCUGGAGGCUGCUGUCAUCGAGACCAUCGAGGUGACACCUGACCAGUACCUGAACACCACAGAUUUCAUGGACGCCAUUGUGGCCACUCUGGAGGCAAAGCUGGCUCAGCAGCCCAAGCUGUGA